GGCUUCUAUAUGUAUAUAUGUAUAUAUGCUUCGAAGCUGAUGAACAUACUAUUUUCAAGAACUUGGAUUUUGCCAAUAGUCAUUAAGUCAUGGCAGAAGGCAAAGCGAUGUGCAAUGCUGCUUCAUUUAAAUUCACAUGGAGAAUUAACGAGUUUUCCAAAUGGACAGAAAAAUUGUAUUCAGAACAUUUCUCUGCUGGUGGUUGUAAAUGGCGUUUGGCUAUUUACCCCAAAGGAAACCAUGUGAAUUAUUUGUCAAUAUACCUGGAAGUUGCUUAUCCAAAAAAUUUGCCGGAAGGAUGGAGUACGGAAGUAAAAUUUAGCUUGGCAGUUGUUAAUCAAAUCAAUAGCAGGUCCACAGUCAGAAAAGAUACACAAAAACAAAUUGUAUUCAACGCAUCGGGAAAGAAUUGGAGUUGGGGUUUCGCAUCUUUCAUUCCUCUUAGCAAAUUAAAAAAUCCUUCAGAAGGGUAUCUUGUGGGAGAUAGCCUUAUGGUUGAAGCUGAGGUUCUUGUUUAUAAUGUCCAGCAAUACAGCUCAAGGGUUUACACUGAGGAAGAAGUUGCUAGAAAUGAAUCUGAGCCAGCGGCUGCAACUGCAUCACCUUUAUCACAAAAGGAUACUGAAGCAAAGACUUACUCAAGCAGUGACCCUAAAAAGGAAGUAGCUAGUACAAAACUAUCUGAGCCAGUGGCUGUACCACCAACUGUUAUUGAAACUCCUUUAACGACUAAACCAUUGAAGGAGACUAAAGAGCCCAUUCAAACUACUACUGCCACCAGUGAUGAAGUCAUCAAGUCAUCGCCACCUCCUUCAAUGAUUGCUAAGACAAUGAUUCUUCCAAAGACUAAAGAACCCAUUCAAGCUACUGCUCCCACCAGUGAUCAAGAACUCAUCAAGUCAUCAUCACUGCCUCCUUCAAUUACUGCUGAGACAAAGAUUCUUCCAAAGGAGACUAAAGAACCCAUUCAAACCACUACUGCCACCAGUGAUCAAGAAGUCAUCAAGUCAUCGCCACCUCCUUCAAUGACUGCUGAGACAAUGAUUCUUCCAAAGACUAAAGAAUCCAUUCAAACUACUGCUCCCACCAGUGAUCAAGAACUUAUCAAGUCAUCAUCACCGCCUCCUUCAAUUGUUGCUGAGACAAAGAUUCUUCCAAAGGUUCUGUCUCGCUUGGCAGAAUUAAAAGAGAGUAUUCCUGUGGCUGCAACUAUUGCAGAAACUGCUCAAGCUCGCAGAACAUCUCUUUCAGGGAAAACCACUGAUCUUGAAGCAAGAUUGGCACAAAGAGAAAAGAAACUAAGUUUCUUGGAGACUGAAUUCUCAAGACUUUCAAAAGAAGAAGAAAAAGUAGAGGCUCAAUUUCAAUUCUUAAUUACCCAGAAGGAGAAAAUUCUUGCUAAUAAGAAGUAUGUUUUAGCUGACUUGGAGAAAACAAAUGAUGAAGCUUUAAAAGAUUUGGAAGAAUGGCGAAAUCUGGAAAGUGAAAUCAAGCAGGUGAAUUAAGUGUCCGUUGGAAACUCUUCAAGGAGGAUUUGGGUCUUGGAAAGCUUAACAUUUAAGUAAUUACUUCUGUAGCGACCCGAUCCCAUAGGCCGGACUGACACUAGGACCUGAGCUAAUAUAAAGCCCCUGAGGCACAUAGUAAGCCUUACUGUUCUUAAAUCCAUAACCAAGGCCCA